UCCCCCCACCUUCCGGACUUGCUGACCCGCUCUUCCCCCCCGUAGCACGAAUGACGAAAGAGUCGGCGCCUGGCUCUCGCUACCAAUUGGGUAGGCUCCGGGAGCCCUCCCUGUUAGAGAGUAUACGUCUGUAUCUGGCAUAUCUACACGAUAAGUCAGCAGACGUAUGCAUUGCGGGCAAAACCAGCGCCAGCAUUAGGUUGCGACUCGCAACCGAAGGGCUCCCCGCGCGAAGGGAAGAACUGCUGAACCUAUACAAGCAGUUCUACCUUUCGUACGGCCUUUCGGAGGCAGACGCCGACUCAGACCUAUACGCACUACGCCUCCAGACCCAGACUGAACGGACUGCUUACUUACAGAGAGCCCGUGAAACACAUAACAAGUACAUAAGACCAUAA